AAAGAGGCAAGAAAGAAACCAAGUGACACUGAGAAAUUUAAGGAGGACUAAACAACGGCACAGUGCUUGCGACUGAUUUUUUUUUGCCGUAAUUUCAGGUGUGUGUAUGUAAUCGUAAAAUACGAAUCGGAUUAUUAACGUUAUUGGAAUAAGAGUUCUUUGUUGUUUUCCAGCAGUUUCAGAAGGAAUGCAGUCAUUGGGCAGCACCUCCUCCUGGCUGUCUCGCGAUUCGCUCUCCUCCGGCCACAGCCUGCUGUUCAGCGAGAGCGAGCAGACCGAGGACGAGGCUGACGUCUUCCUGUCGGAAGGCGAGGGCGAAGGGGCGGAAGGCGUCGAGCUGGGAAGGGCCAGCGGCGUCGGUCUGAGGUCACGCUCGGCCCGCGGCAUUGUCAGGGACCAGGCGGGGCCCUGGCGGAAGACAACAGAGGGGCAGACAGAGGGGGACUGUGUCUUUGCUCAGAAGUGUGCUGAGCUCCAGGUGUUUGUCAGACCUCUGCUAGAGCUUCUGAAUGGCCUUAAAAAAGGGAGAUACACCAGAGGACUCAGUAGUUUCCAGCAGAGCAUUGCCAUGGACAGAAUCCAGAGGAUUGUGGGAGUUCUGCAGAAACCCAGCAUGGGUGAGAAGUACCUUCAGACCCUUCUGCAAGUGGAAAUGUUGCUCAAACUGUGGUUCCCCCAGAUCUCCCCGUGUGCCCCCCCUGCCACCGCACCCCCCCACCAUCUGCCCCUGAAUGCCGCACACCGCACCCCCCCACGGUGGCAUAGAGACCAACUGCACAUCCCGGUCAAGAAGCGCAGGCUCAGCUGGACAGAGACUGACUGCCUGUCCCCACCUCCAGGCUGCAAGCACCUCCAGCAGGAGCAGCAAGAAGAGGUUCAUGUGGGGCUAGAGGAGAGGGCAGCCAGCCCUCUCCUGGAGACCUCAGAAGGAACAGAGCUAGAUGGUGGUCCUACAGGGUCAUAUGAUCGAGGGGCAUUCUGGGAAAAGGAGAGCGAGGAGACCCAGGAAAUGUUUUACCAGGAGGGGCAAAAAGAGAAAUUAUUCCCCGCUUGCUACUCCCCCAACCUCCACUAA